CAAUUCUCUUUCACAUUCUGAAUCAUAGAAUCAUCGUUCUUCAAUGGCAAUGGCCAUGGCCAAAACGACAAGAUCCUUCGCCGUCGUGGUCCUCUUCCUAUUUACAUUCCUGUCCACCUCCACCGCUGAGAUAAAAUCCCUUACCAUAAACUCCGAUAGCCGACCCAUGAUCCUGUUCGAGAAGUUCGGGUUCAACCACAAGGGCCACGUGUCGAUCUCCGUGUCGUCGGUUUCGGUUGCAGUUCUAGCGUCAGGGGUUGAACCGGAAUCCUCUCGGCUAGGGUUCUUCCUUCUGAACGAAGAAACGCUUCUUCAAGUGCUAAUGGAGAUCCAGCAAAACCCUUCAUUCUGCGUCCUUGAAUCUCACUACAUCUUCAAACUCUUCACCUUCCGCGACCUCUCUCCGCCUCCGUUGGCCUCCGUUAACCGUUCUUACCCGGUCACAUCCCCCAACGAGUACAGCCUCUUCUUCGCUAACUGCGCCCCUGAAACCGCCGUCUCCAUGGUGGUUCGCACUGAGGUCUUCAACCUCGAUUCCGACGGUUCCAGGGAUUAUCUCUCCGCCGGCCAGACCCAGCUUCCGUCACUGUUCUUCCUCUUCUUUAUCGCGUACCUCGCUUUCUUCGGCUUGUGGGUGUACCUCUGUUACGCCAACAAGCGAUCCGUUCACCGCAUUCAUUUCUUGAUGGCUGGGUUGCUAUUGAUGAAGGCUUUGAAUCUGAUCUGCGCCGCUGAGGAUAAACACUAUGUGAAGGUCACCGGUCUCCCACAUGGUUGGGAUGUGUUGUUCUAUAUUUUUCAGUUCAUUCGUGUUGUUCUGCUCUUCACCGUUAUUGUUUUGAUUGGCACCGGUUGGUCUUUUCUCAAGCCCUUCUUGCAGGAUAGGGAGAAGAAGGUGUUGAUGAUUGUGAUCCCGCUUCAGGUUCUGGCUAAUUUGGCUUCUGUUGUGAUUGGUGAGACUGGGCCUUUUAUCAAGGAUUGGGUUACUUGGAAUCAGGUUUUCUUGCUCGUUGAUAUUAUCUGUUGUUGUGCUAUUAUUUUCCCCAUUGUUUGGUCUAUAAGAUCGCUUAGAGAAACCUCCAAGACCGAUGGCAAGGCUUCUAGGAACCUUGCAAAGUUGACACUUUUCAGGCAAUUUUACAUUGUUGUUAUUGGGUAUCUUUAUUUUACUCGAAUAGUGGUGUUUGCUUUGAGAACUAUUGCUGCUUAUAAGUACCAAUGGGUGAGUAAUGCCGCUGAGGAGACUGCUAGUCUUGCAUUUUACAUUGUGAUGUUCUACAUGUUUAGACCUGUGGAGAAGAAUGAGUACUUUGUCCUUGAUGAGGAGGAAGAAGAGGCAGCGGAAAUGGCUCUCAGGGAUGAAGAAUUUGAGCUUUGAAGUAUGUGUUCAUGGGAAUUUGGCUGGCCUUCUUUGUAUACCUCUGCAUCACAAAUAUCAGGUUGUCCAGUGAAUUCGCUACUGUAUUUGUGGUUCAGGUUCCUCAAUUUAUCCCUUUUUUCUUUCCUCUUUACCCUUUGUUUUCUCCCUUAAACCCUCUACUGUUAGAGAAGUGCCCAUAAUGGAAUACUGCCUGUAAGUUUAGCUUCUUUUUUUCUUUUUCAUUUUCUUUUUCGUGUUAAUGCUGAUGAUGAAUUCUGCGAGAUAGAAAAAGCUUUGAUCUUGUUCAUUCAAGCUUUGAGAAUUGUACACUCAAUUAUUACUGAGAUUUUCUUUUAUUGAUCAUUCUUCUUUG